AAUUCACUUGCAGAAGCCCGCCAUUGGUAUGGCGACCGCUCUUCUAUCCGUUGCCAUGGCAUACUUGGCCUGGCCAUAUAGACCAGGAGCCCUCUGCCAAUGCAUCUGUCCCAGCACAGCGAACUGUCUGCCAGAUGUCUCUCAUGCAAGAUGUCGAGCAACCUGUCACGCAGCGCACGACCGGACGACGUCGCGCGCAUAACCUCGCCAUGUCAACUGAACCCUCCCGAACGUUUAGCAUACGGGGGCACGCUUUGAGGUCGCUUGCCGGGGUCUUUGUUGGUCGCAUUUUAGACUUGAAGUAUGGCGGUCCGUCACUGCUGCCUUCUUCUGCUCCGGAUAUUACGGAGGAAUCAAUCGGUCAGUGUACAACAAUGAUCUCUUCGCUAUAUUUUGCGAAUCGAUGUCGCGACGCCGAAAAUGCCGUCCGGUGCGACCCAUCUAGAAGGACAACUCUGCUACGAAGGCUCCCACUAUCUCAACUCGAGCAUUGGUCAUUUGCAUUAGCUGAUGAGGUCAGCGUGCUAUUCAAAUUCGCUACCGACCAAACUUCCUACUUCCAUAAUUCCAUCAUUGCGGGAAGUCCCCACGCUGACAGCCUACUAUGGGCGACUGCCAAGCGGACGACGACGAGGUGGUAUACAUGUACACAGAUUGACCAGUAUACUGUUGCGACGACCAGUGGACAUUCUUGUUUCAUGGGCGGGCUGUCAGUGUCACUGGAGCAUGCAACACGUUCUGCCCAAUGAAAUUCGACCGAGUUAUGGCGCCUCCC